UCCUGGCCAGGUCACACUUCGCAUCCCGCCCAUUACCGGAAGCGCUCCUCACAGGCCCUUCUCCAGUCCCGUCGUCCCACUUGCGCGCACGCGGAGCUUUUCGCCGACCCGGAAGCGGCUAGCCGGGAGCGGAGGUCAAAUCGGCAUCGGAGGGUUUUUAACUUUCUAAUUUUUACGUCAGAAUCUCAGUCCCCAGGCCUACACCCCUGGGGCCUGGGGUCUCACGCACAUUAGAGUCCCCUCGCCCGCGCCUCGCACCACGGUAAGUCCGGCGUCGCGGAGAGACACGGAGCCCUGCGGCCGGCGAGGUCCCGGCUUCCCGGUGCGGUCCCGGCUUCUCGGAUUGACGUCUCAAGACCCAUCUUGCCCGGGAGAGAAGCCCAGAGAAGGGAGAGGAGGAAAGCCCAGGAGUCAGGAAUGACUCUUUCUCAGGGACGGUUGACCUUCAGGGAUGUGGCCAUAGAAUUCUCUCCGGAGGAGUGGGAGUGCCUGGACCCUGCCCAGAGGGCCUUGUACAGGGAUGUGAUGGUGGAGAACUACCGGAACCUGCUCUCCCUGGGUGAGGACAGUUUCCCUCCAGAGGUUGGGAACUGCUCUGGUAUAUCUUUGUGUUUCUCUUGGGAGUUUCUUGGGCGCACCUUCCUUGCUUGACUGAGAUUGAAGUUAUGCUGAUUCAGAAAUGAAAAGCUUCCCAGUGUCGUAUCCGGAUUUUAAACCGAGAUGAUCCUG